UCUCGUCGUCUCAUCAGUACACAUCAAGCUCCUCUACCAACUGGUUCGUUUCUCUAUUCUCUGUCUCUCUAAAACACGUUGUAAGAAACGCGGCUCCCUUUCUCUCUCACUCUAACCCUUGGUGUUUCCCCUUCCCCGUUUCGGGUUUCGCCUGACGACGCUUACUUGCUCUCUCGGGCAUUUCGCCGGAAACCGACGCCGCGCGAGGACACAUCGGCGGCUUACGUGCUCAUCACACAUACACACACACACAAACGCACGCACGCACGCGCACACACGUAUAUCCAGCAAAUGCGCAUACUCUUACUACAGUUAUAUAGACGCAGGCGCGCGCGCGUGAUCGUGUUGGAAAAGAGAGGGAGUUGAAACAGACCUACGGGGCCGUAUACUUUACGUUCUCGCGCGAUAGUACGAAAGCAACGAGGGGGAGAGAGAGCCCACAGUUCGUCAGAAGCAAGCGAACCCGCGGAUUCGUAGCACUGUAACGGAGAAGCGCCAACGGGAAAUAAUACCAACAGCGUGCACAAUAUUUCAUAAAUCGUGAACACGAUUCCAUUGAAUAAAUAUCAAUUAUAAAAAGUAAUUUAAAAGAAAUAAUAACCAAAAUGAGCACCAAGGAAAAUAACGAGGCUGCGGUGGAGAAGGCAACGGAAAACGACAAGCCGACGGGGGACGCAAAGUGCGAGCUCAAGGGAAUCAAAAGGGCGGCUGAGGAUAAAAACGACGAAGUUAAAAAACACAAGAAAGACGAGAACGGUGCCGGCGAGGUCGAGGAGGAUGUGGACGAGGAAGAAUUGGAAGACGAGGAGGACGAUGUUGAGGGUGACGGCGACGAUGACGACGAGGAUUUGGAGGUCGAAGGCGAGGGAGAUCUCGAUUCCGCCGAAGAUGAGGAAGACGAUGAGGUCGAGGGGGAGGGCGAGGGUGAAGCGGGGGCCGACGAAUACGACGAUGACGACGCAUAAUAUAAAGAGGGAAAUAAGAAACUCUAUCGGUAAGAACGCGGGAGGUCCAAGGGUAAACGAUGGCUGGCGCAAUUGUUGGAGCAGGAACCGUUUGAAAUCGUUCUCACCAAAUAAAAAAAAGAGCAACGGUCCAAUGCCGGACAAAAUAGAAGAACAGCGAUGUAACAACGAGACAACAGCGAACAGCGAAGAAGACUUUACCCUGACAUUGUGCGGUUGGUGGAAAAAUAAUAUCGACGCCGAAUCAUGUCCGAACGACUAAAUGUCGAAACCUCCUGAUUUACCGCUAAAUGAAAAAACAAAUUGAAUAUAUUUAUAUAUAUAAAUAUACAUAUAUAUAUAUAUAUAUAUCUAUAUACAUAUACGAAAUAUACACGCAAUUGUGUAUAUCCUUACUGUACACACAUGCGCGCGCGCGCCCGCGUAAACACACAUUCACACAAGCACAUAUGUAUUUAUAUAUAUAUAUAUAUAUAUAUGUAUAUCUAUAUAUAUACGUGUAUGGUUAAGUAUAAUAGCGGCAACUGCAACAGUAAACGACGAUGACGACGACGACGACAACGGACAAAUUGCAAAAUAUCGCCAGAGUUGCGGUGGACUGACGCUUCGUAGUUAGGGUCGAUUUAAAAGACGAAUUAAUUGAAAAGUAAAAACGAAAACCACGGUCUUGGGCCUCUGCAAUUCUGGCCAACCUAAGCCAUCACCAAAAACCGCUGCGUGUUAGGUCCAACAUCGACGACGAGAUCACUCUCCCACGGGUUCAAAUUAACGGAAAUUAUAUUACAUCCUUCUCGUUCCUUUCUCCCUCUUUCUCUGUCUCUCUCCUGCUGGAACAUCUCCCAGGUGCAACAGAGUCUCGCCCUGUUCCUCUGUGCUCCUAGUGAACGCUUCCUGCCGCCUCGCUGAAAUAAUUCAAGCGCAACUCGGAGGUUCAUCUUGUAGAAAAAAAAUCAUGUACGCGCGUCGAGAAACACCUUGUCCUAUGAUCCUGUAUGUACACGUACGUGGCGGAAAAACAUGCGUAUCGGAGAGAUUCCGUCGUUCGAUCUCCGGCCGAAACAAAUUGACAGAAAGAAAAAUGCUAUUCCAACUGGUACUCGUCGCCAUUCGUUCGCGGCUGACUCUUCUUCGCGACGAGACAGUUUUUCAACGAGAUAAUAAGAAUAAAAAAGCGAGAAGAACGGGAAGAAUGAAAAAGAAACAAAAACUUAUUUAAGAAUAAAAACAAAAAGCUCUAUUGUAUUUAAAAAUAGUGUAAAAUGGACGAAUGUGGGUGAUGAUUUUUUCUUUUUUUUUACACUUGAAAUCAAAUUGCGUUUGUAGGGUUGACGAAUGCCUCUCACAUAUAGUGCGCGUGACUGAGUUUUAUUUUAAAUACCAAUAAUGUGUAAUAGACGAAGAAUAAUGAAUAAUAAAUAAUGAAGAAGGGGGUUUAAUAAAUAGUUGAAAAAUGAAUAAUGAAGGUGAAAUGAAGAGAAGAAAAACGGACGAUAGAGCGAGAGGGAGGAAAAGGGGGAGGGAGGAGGUAGGUGUCACGUCGAAACAAUGCCGAAGCGGGUGGAAUGCUAGCCGAUGUUUUACACGAGGUUAUUUAUUAUAAAUUGGUGCAUUUUUUUUUAAAUUCGAACGAGCGACAAAGACGUGCCGAUGAACUGAAAUAACUGACCAAUAUGGACCAGUAAUGGUGAAAAUAAUGAGGCAUCGCUCGGUGUGGUGAACGAUGCACGGGUUAUAUGAGGAAUGCUCAAGAGAUAACUUUUAAAAGAAGAGAAAUAACUGAAAAAAGCAAUCGAAUCGUAUACCGGAUUCCUUACCUUCGUGAAACCUCUCUCUCGUGCCCUGCACGAUUUUACCGAUGGACCGACCUCUUCAAAUAAAAUGGAAAAAUACAUAUUGUAGCUUGAGAAAAGAAAUUUUCAUCAUUUAUACGUGAAAAGAUGUAUUAAAUUUGAAAAAAAAAAAAAAAUUCCAGGAGAUUACAGUUCCGAAUCAACGUAAGAAAAAAAGUUAUGCCAAUGGGCGAAUAAUAUCUGAAUCGAAAAACAUAACUUAUCGGAAUCGCCGAUUAAACGCCGGUAGCAUACCACCGAAUCCAGAUGCCUUCCGAUCAUCCGGUUGCUUAUCCAUUCGUUUCAAGUCUCUUACUGCUGCUGCAUGGGGUCAGUUUCGAUCGGGCAAACCCAUGAAAAGCCCACAGAAGAAUCGCCGAGCCAGAGGUAUGUGGCUGGUGCGGCGACGGCGGCAAAUUCACAUUUCCUUUUGGACAUUCGGUUGCGGUGUUUGGUUUCCGCGCUGGAUCCACCACGUGGAUAAAAAUAAUGCGUAUGUGUAUUUGCGUGUGCGUGCGCGUGUUUGUAUGUGACUCCGACCGUUGCAUAGUAAUGAUACAUAGCAUGUAUAAAGUUAUGGACUAAGGAACAUUUUAUUAUUAACAAUGAUACCGUGUAAACGUAUACCAUAAAAGAUAAAAAAAAAUCGAGAAAAGAUCGGACGUUCGUUGCACUCCGGAUUUCGGCAUAAUGAAAAUAAAUAAAUAGAUAUAUAAACGAACGAUCAGAGAAAUCUUUGUCACGAUUCGACGUGUCAAAUUUUUGCUCCGCUAUGAAAGAUAAACAAAAAACUAACAUAUAACAAUCAGGUUCCGAAGGGAGAAGCUAUUCUUCUCUCGCCCCUCCUCCCCCCCUUCGACGGAGACACACAAACGCAUAUAUACGUUUCACAUGGGAUAACUUGACUCUCGAUUGUACAUUUUCACAAUAAAUUAACAAUGUAUGAUA